CUGAAGUUACUAGAACGCUUUACGACACUGUUGACAUUCGUUUGGUCCAGUGCGUAUCUGCCUCAGGAGUUGUUUUCGCUAUGGUUUAGUUUUUGGCAAUAACCUGUUAAUUAAUUAAAUGAGUGUUUUUGAUUUAUUUCGCGGGUUCUUCGGGGUACCUGGAGGCCAUUAUCGCGGCCGACGGGACCCCUUCUUCGAUACACUGACUCAUGAUGAAGAUGAAGAUGAUGAUGAAGAGGACGGAUUCUACUCUGACGGGUUCCGAGGGGACCAGCAGGACCCCUUUGAUGGGGACUGGAGGUUUGGCUUCAGCUUUGGUCCAGACGGGAUGAGGAUCCAGGAGCCUCCAGUCUUUGGCCACGUCCUCAGGGAGAUGGAGGAGAUCUUCUCCCAGCUGGGCCGGAUGGAUGAGCAGUCAGAGUCAAGACACUUUGGUGUUCCUAUGCUGCCACCACCUCAGGAUGGAGAAAAGAGGGGUGAAGGGGGGUCCAGUGGUAACCCCCUGAGAGACUUUAUGCUCAAAUGUCCUGAAAGCAAUACACAGGGACCCAGACCAGGGCCACCCAGAGAGCCCAGGAAUGACAGCCACCGUUCUUAUGAGUCACCAGAGCUUCCUGGCUGGACUCCUUUUGCAAAGUUCAAUGAUUUUUGGAAACAAGGGCCACGGAAAGCUCCAGAUGAGCGGAAAGAAGAUAGAGAUCUGGACUCUGCAGUGUCCUCUGGGGGCCUGGAUCAGAUUCUGACACCACCUGCUGGUCAGACUCCAAACCAACCCAGGAGCAGAUCCUUCUUUCAGUCAGUCAUGGUCACCAAGGUGUUGAAACCUGACGGGACCGUUGAGGAGAGGCGGACUGUUAGAGAUGGACAUGGUAAUGAAGAGACCACCGUGACCCGCUCAGGAGGUGUGGGUACCCAGGAGGAUGCAGACCAUCACACUGUGCCCCUCACACCAGGUGGCCAACAUCCAUUUUCAGACCUGCGUGAUGACAACUCGUUAUUCUCUAAGUUCUUUCGAGGCUUUAAAUAAAAUGUGAAGUGGAGUAAAAUGUGGAAAAAAAAAAACCCUUCUCUGCUGUUUCAGUCUAUGCGUUCUGCUGUAGAGCUUUGAGUUUUUGUAGCCUGUAUCUACAUUUUUAAACAGAACACUUGCAUGACCUUGAGCUGCCAAAAAUGAAAGUGUUUGUAAAGGAUCUCUGGGCCUGGUAAAAAAAAAGAUGACUACUAGAUCUGCUACAGACCACGUAGACUAGAAGCUGCCAAUUCUGAAGACUGAUUCUAUUGAACUGAGACACAUCAGGGACUGAAUAAUUCACUGUCAGAUAUUUUAUUUUUGGAUUCUUUUUUUUGUAGCAGAAGCCUGUAUGGAUGUGAGUGUGUGGUAUGUCCAAUAAAAAGUCCUAAUAUAUUUACAAAA